AUGGCGCCAUCUGCGAUCAACGAUGCGCCAGCCGCCUCGGGGCGCAACUCUCCCAAGCCUCCCCCUGCGCGCAUCUGGAACGUGAGCGAGCCACCCUUCGAGGGCUUCAGGCCCAUCGACAACGAAGGCUAUGCGCGCAGUAAUCGGGAAACAGCCAUCAUCAUCGACAAUGGGUCGUCGGCGGUGCGCGCCGGGUGGUCCUUUGACUCCAAACCGCGUCUCUCGGUGCUGCCCAACAUGGCACGGUACAGGGACCGCAAGCUCAACCGCACAUUCACAUUCAUCGGGUCCGACGUCUUCUCUGACGGCACGGCGCGCGGGCAGUCGAAGCCCAUAUACGAGCCCGGGAGCAACGUCAUCAACAACUGGGAUGCUAUGGAAGGUGUGCUGGACUACUGCUUUAUCAAAAUGGGCAUCGACGGGCGAUCAGGCAGCAUAGACAGGCCCAUCGUCAUGACCGAACCAGUCGCCAACUUGGGCUACACAAGAAAGACAAUGUCUGAAAUCCUAUUCGAGUGCUACGGCGCGCCAUCUGUCGCAUACGGCGUCGAUUCUCUCUUCUCAUACUCGUACAACGGUGGCCGCAAUGGCUUGGUCGUCGACUCUUCCUACACCUCAACCCACCUGAUACCCGUCGUUGAUGCAAAGCCUCUGAUAUCACAGGCCACGCGACUCAACUGGGGGCGAUUCCAGUCCGCACAGUACCUGCUGAAGCUGCUGAGACUAAAGUAUCCCUCUUUCCCUGGCAAGCUCAGCGACACCCAGGCGGAAGACUUGGUCAGAGAGCAUUGCUACGUAUCACAAAACUACGAAGAGGAGCUCAGCCGAUACCUAGACUGGACGGGGCUAGAAGACCGGGACCACAUCGUCCAAACGCCGUACACCGAGCAGGUAGUGGUACAGAAGACGGAGGAAGAACUGGCGAUAGCAGCCGAAAAGCGUAAAGAGAGCGGACGGCGCUUACAAGCCCAAGCUGCCAAGAUGCGCCUGGACAAGCUCAAGAAGAAAGAGGAAGAAUUCGAGUACUACGUACAACUACAGGCGCAAAUACAGGAGAUACCCACAAAGAAGGAGAAGGCGCGUGUGCUCGAGUCUAACGACUUUGACGACGAAAGCCAGCUUGACAAGAGGGUCAAGGAGCUGGAGAAGUCGAUCAAGAAGACACGGAACAAGGAUCUUGGUGACGAUGCCGAGGAAGAGCAACAAGAAGAGCCUACUUUCCCUCUUCUCGAAGUCCCAGACGAUCAGCUGGACGAAGAGGGCAUCAAGCAAAAGCGCCAGCAGCGACUUAUGAAGUCAAAUUACGAUGCGCGCCUCCGUGCGCGGGUAGAGAAGGACAACGAGAAGGCUCGUCUAGCAGAAGAACAGCGUCUCGACGACGAGCGACGAGAGUCCGAUCCGGACGGUUGGAUCGGCGAGCGAAGGAUAGCCCGCCAAGCCAUCGUUCAGAAAAUCAAGGACCGGGAACGUCUGAAGGCGGAGCUUGGCAACCGGAAAUCGCUUGCUAACCAGAUGCGCAUGAAAUCUAUUGCCAAUUUGGCCUCAGAUGCACCCUCCAAAAAGCGCCGCCGUGGUGGUGGAGAUGACGAUACCUUCGGCGCCGACGAUGCUGAUUGGACGGUGUACCGCACAAUCGCAACUGGCGAGGGGUCGGAUGAUGAAGAAGAGGAAGAUUUGGCCAAAGCUCUCAAGGACAUCGAAGGACAGCUGCUGCAGCAUGACCCGAAUUUCACCGAGGACUCCACACGGGAAGCACAGACAGACUGGACAAAGAGCGUGCUACACGCUUUUUUCCACGGUCCUUAUCCGUAUGACCCCGAGUCUCAACGUGAAGCCCAUCAACUGCAUCUCAACGUCGAGCGCAUCCGCGUUCCUGAAGUCGUAUUCCAACCGUCCAUAGCAGGUCUUGAUCAAGCAGGCAUCGUCGAGAUUGCGUCGACGAUUUUGACUGAGCGACUCGCGAACAACUCCCGAAGAGACGAUGUCCUCAGCGACAUCUUCUUGACCGGUGGAAACACCCUCUUCCAAGGCUUUGAAGAAAGACUGAGGAACGAGCUGAGGGCUGUCUUGCCUGCUGAGCAAAGCAUCAAGGUAAGGCGGGCUAAGGAUUGCGUCCUGGACAGCUGGCGAGGUGCAGCUCAGUGGGGUGGCAAGAAGGAGAACCGGCGCAACUUCAUUACCAAAGCGGACUGGGCCGAGAAGGGCGGAGAGUACAUCAAAGAGCACGACCUAGGCAACGCGCUCGGCUAA